AUGAAGACAUGGAUGUAUUCGUAUUUGUUUGAUUGUCCAAUUUUGGUGUUACCGUGGACCCCACAUAAUUACUAUUUAUAUCAUCGUUUUCAUCAUUUUCUACCAUUGUGCUAUUGGCAUUACUCAGCUGAUACUUAUUAA